UGCGACAUUUGAAAAGCACGUGCCGUUUAAAUACUGCGUUUCCUUUUCAAAACAUUUGUUUGUCUCAGCAGAUUGUCGGCUUUUGUCUGCUUUGGUGAUGAGGGUUUAUCAUGGAUGAGGACAGUAAACCGUUACUAGGAUCAGUGCGAGCUGGGGAGUAUUACACCGAUUCAUUGGACCCCAAGCAAAGAAGGCCGUUUCAUGUGGAGCCCAGAAACAUAGUGGGAGAUGCUCAGGAGCAGGUGUCCGCUGAAGCUGCGGCUCUGAGCAGCAGAGUUCAUUACUACGGCCGUCUGACAGCCUCUUCAGACCGACUGCUGGUACCUCCAGAUCAUGUGAUUCCUUCUCCUGAGGACAUCUAUGUCUACAGUCCACUGGGAACAGCGUUCAAAGUGCAGGGGGGCGACAGUACAGCCAAAAACCCCAGCAUUGUCACAGUCUUCGCCAUAUGGAACACCAUGAUGGGAACUUCUAUAUUAAGUAUGCCUUGGGGCAUAAAACAAGCUGGCUUCACUCUGGGCAUCAUCAUUAUUGUUCUUAUGGGCUUGCUGACUCUCUACUGCUGCUACAGAGUAUUAAAGUCCACAAAGUCCAUUCCGUAUGUAGACACCUCAGACUGGGAGUUUCCUGAUGUGUGUAAAUAUUACUUUGGUGGAUUCGGAAAAUGGUCGAGUCUUGUUUUCUCACUGGUGUCACUGAUUGGUGCGAUGGUGGUCUACUGGGUCCUCAUGUCCAACUUCCUGUUCAACACAGGAAAAUUCAUUUACAACUAUGUUCACAAUGUCAGCACAUCAGAUGCUUUUGGCACAAAUGGAACAGAUAGAGUGAUAUGUCCAUAUCCGAAUUUGGAUCCAGACGGAGACAGCAGCACUCACCAAUACUAUGUGAGUGAGAACAGCACAGGACAGGUGUUUGAUCUUUGGUGGAGUAAAACCAACACCAUCCCGCUUUACCUCAUUGUUCUGCUGCUGCCGCUGCUCAAUUUCCGCUCCGCAUCCUUCUUCGCCAGGUUCACCUUCCUCGGCACCUUGUCGGUGGUUUAUCUCAUCUUUUUGGUCACAUAUAAAGCCAUUCGCCUGGGCUUUCACCUGGACUUCCACUGGUUUGAUUCAUCAAUGUUUUUUGUUCCAGAGUUCAGAUCGCUGUUUCCUCAGCUGAGUGGGGUUCUCACACUAGCAUUUUUCAUUCACAACUGCAUCAUCACGCUUAUGAAGAACAACAGACAUCAGGAAAACAACGUGCGGGAUCUGUCGUUGGCGUACCUGCUGGUGGGGUUAACGUACCUCUAUGUGGGCGUGUUGAUCUUUGCUGCUUUCCCAUCACCACCGCUGUCUAAAGAGUGCAUUGAACCAAACUUUCUGGAUAACUUCCCCAGCAGCGAUGUGCUGGUGUUUGUAGCGAGGGCUUGUCUUCUGUUCCAGAUGACCACCGUGUAUCCUCUGCUGGGGUACCUGGUGCGUGUGCAGCUGAUGGGGCAGCUCUUUGGGGACCAUUAUCCAGGUUUCCUUCAUGUGUUUAUUCUGAACAUCCUUGUUGUGGGAGCUGGAGUCCUAAUGGCCAGGUUUUACCCCAACAUCGGCUCCAUCAUCAGGUAUUCGGGGGCCCUAUGUGGCUUGGCUCUGGUGUUUGUGCUUCCCUCUCUGAUCCACCUGACCUCACUGAACCGCAGAGGUGAGUUACGCUGGCCCUCCGCCGUCUUCCACGGCUUCCUCGUCCUCCUCGGCGUGGCCAAUCUGUUCGGCCAGUUCUUCAUGUAGCACGCUGUGCCUUAAAUGAACCG